AUGAGAUGCUGUGCUCCGCAGGUGAACGAGAUCUACCACGACGAGUCUCUGGGGGUCCACAUCAACGUGGUCUUGGUGAGGAUGAUCAUGCUGGGAUACGCUAAAUCCAUCAGCCUGAUCGAGCGAGGAAACCCGUCUCGGAGUCUGGAGAACGUCUGCCGCUGGGCGUUUUUGCAGCAGAAAGGCGACCCUAAUCACGCCGAACACCACGAUCACGCCAUUUUCCUGACCCGUCAAGGCUUCGGCCCCACAGGCAUGCAGGGAUACGCUCCGGUCACCGGAAUGUGCCACCCGGUCCGGAGCUGCACCCUCAACCACGAAGACGGCUUCUCCUCGGCGUUCGUGGUGGCUCACGAGACCGGACACGUGCUGGGCAUGGAGCACGACGGCCAGGGGAACCGCUGCGGCGACGAGACGGCCAUGGGGAGCGUGAUGGCGCCGCUGGUGCAGGCGGCCUUCCACCGGUACCACUGGUCCAUGUGCAGCGGGCAGGAGCUGCGGAGAUACAUCCACACAUACGACUGUCUGCUGGACGAUCCUUUCAACCACGACUGGCCGCAGCUGCCCGAGCUUCCCGGCAUCAACUACUCCAUGGAUGAGCAGUGCCGCUUUGACUUCGGUGUCGGCUACAAGAUCUGCACGUCGUUCCGGACCUUCGACCCGUGCAAGCAGCUGUGGUGCAGUCACCCCGACAACCCCUACUUCUGCAAAACCAAGAAGGGCCCGCCGCUGGACGGAACCGAGUGCGCUCCGGGAAAAUGGUGCUACAAAGGUCACUGCAUGUGGAAGAACCCAAACCAGGUCAAGCAGGACGGCGCCUGGAGCUCCUGGAGCAAACACAGCGCCUGCUCGCGCUCCUGCGGCACCGGGGUGCGCGUCCGGACGCGGCAGUGCAGCAGCCCAGCGCCGUCCAACGGCGGCCAGGACUGCGCCGGCGUGAACUACGAGUAUCAGCUGUGCAGCACCAGCGACUGUCCCAAACACUUCGAGGACUUCCGGGCCCAGCAGUGCCAGCACCGGAACGCCCAGUUUGAGUUCCAGGGCGCCCGGCACCACUGGCUGUCCUACGAGCAUCCGGACGCCAGCAAGAGGUGUCACCUGUACUGUCAGUCCAAGGAGACGGGAGACGUGGCGUACAUGAAGCAGCUGGUGCAUGAUGGGACGCGCUGCUCCUACAAAGACGCCUACAGCAUCUGCGUGCGGGGCGAGUGUGUGAAAGUCGGCUGCGACAGAGAAAUCGGCUCCAACAAAGUCGAGGAUAAAUGUGGAGUUUGUGGAGGAGACAACUCCCACUGUCGGACCGUGAAAGGAACCUUCACCCGGACGCCAAAGAAAGCGGGGAAGACCAGAGGAGCCUUCUCUUUACCCAAAGGAGCUCGAAAUGUGUUUUUGAAUGAAACUGAGGAUUCUAGGAAUGUGAUGGGUUUCCUUAAGAUGUUUCUGGUUCCUCCUGGAGCUAGACAUGUGCUGGUCCAGGAGCUGGAGACCGGCCUGCACCUGGUGGCCGUCAAGAACCAGGCGACCGGCCAUUACAUCCUGAACGGGAAGAGCGAGGACAUGAAGACGAGGAGCUUCAUCGACCUGGGGGUGGAGUGGCACUACAUGGUCGAGGGAGACGUGGAAACGCUGCACACUGACGGGCCGCUGCAUGAGCCCGUGGUGGUUCUGAUCAUCCCGAAGGACAACGAGACUCGCUCCACCUUAAUGUACAAGUACAUCAUCCACGAAGACUCGGUUCCAGUCAACAACAACAACGUGAUCCAGGAGGAGACCUAUGAGUGGGCUCUGAAGAACUGGUCGCCGUGCUCCAAGCCCUGCUCUGGAGGCUUCCAGCAGACGAAGUACGGAUGUCGGAAGAAGGGAGACACCAAAAUGGUUCACCGCGGUUUCUGCGACGCCAACAAGAAGCCGAAGCCCAUCCGGCGGAUGUGUAACCUGCAGGACUGCUCGCAGCCUCAGUGGGUCUCAGACGAGUGGGAACACUGCACCAGAACCUGCGGCGGCCUGGGAUUCCAGAUCCGGACGGUCCGCUGCAUGCAGUUCUUCCAGGACGGCACCAACCGCUCCAUCCACAGCAAAUACUGCAGCAGCGAGAAGCCGGAGAGCCGCAGGCCCUGCAACCGCUCCCCCUGCCCCUCCCUGUGGAGGACGGGGGCGUGGUCUGAGUGCUCCGUGACCUGCGGCGAGGGGACGGAGAGGCGGAUGGUCACCUGCAGGAUCGGAGAUCAGUGUUUCGGGGAGAAACCGGAGACAGUGCGGCUGUGCAGACCCGGAUCCUGCUACGAUGAGCCAUGUCACGGAGACAAGUCCAUCUUCUGCCAGAUGGAGGUUCUGGCCCGGUACUGCUCCAUCCCCGGCUACAACAAGCUGUGCUGCGACUCCUGCAGGAGGCGCGGCGGCGUGCAGUCUCUGUUCUCCGAGGCAGCAGAGACGGAGGAACACGGCCGGUUCGGAUCCGCCUCCCAGCUGUUGGAGACUCUGACGGCGCCCGGCAAAGCUGCCGGUGCCAAGCCCAGUUCCGGGAAAAGGCCGAGCGCCUCGACUGCGAGACACGCCUCCACGCCGGCGCCACUGAGAGAGAGUCCGACCAAGGCCAGCGGUGUGCUGCGCAGGGUCCCCAGACAUUCAGAUGUUCAGCAGCCGAGGGGCGUGGCCACGGCGCCGCCUCUCCCGGCUGAUCCAGAAGAUCAAAGGUCUCGCUGCGUGCUGAGUCCGAGCGCAGAUCCCGGCAUGCAGAGAUGAAGGCGGCGCCGUCUCUGCAGGACUCUUCACGAGACGUCCCACGGCCACACGGACAGAAAAGUGCUGGUUCACUUUGGAGAACACGGCACAGAACAUUGGUGCCGACGGGAAACUCCAACGAUCCGGUCCGAACGACGAGGAACCAAAGAACUCAUCACUGAAUCCACAGAGACCUGCAGGUCAACCGCGCCGGAACCAACGCUCCUCCUGAACCUUCACUCCUCCUUAACCUUCACUCCUCCUGAACCUUCACUCCUCCUGAACCUUAACUCCUCCUGAACCUUCACUCCUCCUGAACCUUAACUCCACCUGAACCAACGCUCCUCCUGAACCAACGCUCCUCCUGAACCUUCACUCCUCCUGAACCUUCACUCCUCCUGAACCUUAACUCCACCUGAACCAACGCUCCUCCUGAACCAACGCUCCUCCUUAACCAACGCUCCUCCUGAACCUUCACUCCUCCUGAACCUUAACUCCACCUGAACCAACGCUCCUCCUGAACCUUCACUCCUCCUGAACCAACGCUCCUCCUGAACCCUCUCUCCUCCUGAACCAACGCUCCUCCUGAACCAACGCUCCUCCUGAACCAACGCUCCUCCUGAACCUUCACUCCUCCUGAACCUCUCCACAGUCCGGAUUACUCUUCCGAUCAUUGAACCCAAAGCAUCUCGGCGCUGGCUCCUCGCUCCGCCGCCGCUGGAGUUUGUUCACCUGUCAACCCUCUGAGGACGUAGAAACCGUGUCUCAUCCACUAAUUCAGUCUGACUGUAAUCUGCAGACAAACGACUUCCCGUUUCCCGCUGACGGCGUGUCAGCCUUCUUCCUGUCUGACAUCAAAGGUCUGGACGGAAAUCCUAUUGGGCUUUACAUUAUGCAAAUGAGCUGUCAUGGUUUUCCUGUACAUCUGCGUGGAGCCAAACCUCCACGGCGUUCCCCUCCAGAGGCUUCUCUGUGAUCCAGGAACCUGCAGCUGUUUUUCUGAGGGUUUUCUAAAACUCAGCAACACUACGGCAAACGCUGAGGGACAUUCUCAGAGCGCCUUCUGUAAAGAACAGGAGGGAAAACAGGUUUAUGUUCACAUUUAUCAUUAUUUUCCAGCAACUUAAAGAAAUUUAAGAAUAUUUUUAUGGUUUUAUUAAAUAAAACAAAAUGAAUUAGAUUUAUUUUUUUAUGAACAAAACAUGAAAACUAGAAGAAGAUUCAUUUUUAACACAUUCAGGAUUCAAUUUUGAAUUUGUCUCAUUUUGGCUGAUCUGGAUCAGAAUCUCCUCAAUCUAAAAGUUUUUGUUUUUUUCUCCUCCUCACGUGGAGAUUCAUUCGUCAGCCGUUUGCCGCUGCGUUUUGGUGCUUACUCUCGGCUCCUCUGGGGGCGUGUCUGGGGGCGUGUCUUCACUCUAAGGUUUCCUCACAACCACCAUGCAUCCGACUGCAAAAACCCAGUCCAGGCUUUGGGCGAAGCGAACGGCGUUCACUCUUUCUUCUGUGUACAGAUGGUGUAAAUAGCACAAAAGUGCCUGAAUAUUUAUUGAAACUCCACCGUUUCAGCCCCCCCACCCCCCCGCUCCAUGGACUCCAGAUGUUUUAUACAGACACAUAUUUGUAGCUGCUGACAGAGCCGCUCUGCCAGGCUCCGCCUCUCCUCCGCCUGUCCCAGCUGCUGGACUCUGGAGAGCUGUAGCGGUAAAGUCGUAGACGUAGAAGUUCUGAAGACAAUCCCUGAGCUGCAGACAGUCGUGUCGCGGCGUCCUGACGGCGAGUCACUCUGCAGGUUCCUUUGUAAUUGUGUAGAUGAAAGUUUACUACUGAUGCUGUUGUGGUUCUGGGGAGCACAUAGAAAUAAAGACUCUGAUGGACA